AUGACAUCACAGCCCGACAUAAAUAAGAAGGGCGGUUACCACGCGGCUGGACCACUCUCAAGGGACUCCUUCUGCUUCCUGGGUUUCGUCCUCUCCGUCAACUCUUCAGCAUGGUGUGCAGACAAAGCCGCACCCGCCCCCGCCCCAGAGGCUGCUGCCGCCCCCGCUCCUGAGGCCGCCGCCGCCGCCGCCCCCGCCCCCGCCCCAGAGCCCGCCGCCCCAGCCGCGCCCGAGCCCGAACCCGCUCCCCCUGUAGCAGCGCCCGUGCCCACAGACAUCGCCGCAGACCAGCUGGAGGACUGGAAGGAGGCUUUCGGCCUGUUCGACAGAGUCGGCGACAGCAAGAUCGCCUUCAACCAGGUGGCUGACAUCAUGAGGGCGCUGGGACAGAACCCCACCAACAAGGACGUGGCAGCGAUCCUCGGAAACCCAACCGCUGACGACAUGGCGAAUAACAGGCUGGACUUUAACUCCUUCCUGCCCAUGCUGAGCGGCCUGGUGGCCAGCCCACAGAAGGGCACGUACGACGACUACGUGGAGGGCCUGCGCGUCUUCGACAAGGAGGGCAACGGCACCGUGAUGGGAGCCGAGCUGCGCAUCGUCCUGUCCACUCUGGGCGAGAAGCUGAACGAGAGUGAGAUCGACGCCCUCAUGACCGGUCAGGAAGACGAGAACGGCUCCAUCAACUACGAGUCCUUCGUCAAGCACAUCCUGUCCGUGUAGAGGAGCGUCUGCAGGAGUGGUUCGGAAGUGGACCUGCGAACCAGUGUGUCAGGACAUCCAUCUACUGUUUCAAAGACCAACCAAAGCAACCUAAAGGACUAUGGAGCUGUUGCUAGCCAACCGUUCCUUUUUUUUUUUUUUUUCUCUCUUUGCCUCUUUGUUUGACUCUUUUUUCCCCCCCCCAUCUUCCCCCGGGAAGCCAUCUCUCUACAGAAGACCCUCAGCCUCCACCAUGGGGGGGGGGGGUGCCUUUUUUUUCUUUUCUUUUUUUACAGAGGGGGGUGGGAACGAGGGAAAGGGAGGCUGACCAAUCACAAAGUGGGGUCACCGCCCCUGGCCAAUGGUGCUUAAGGCAUCUGUAGCGACCGCGGACCAGCCCCCGAUCCCCUCCCCCUGCCCCUGCCCCUGCCCAGAGUCUUAAAUCAUUUCUGCUCUGUCAUUUCACCCAAUAAACUGUCUCCAAGAGUGCACCCCCC